AAUGUUACAGUCCAAGGUAUGAUAAUAGCAUCACUUAUUUGAAUAACUAUAUUAAAUUCGCCUAAUGCCUAAACAAUAUUUAGAUUGUUACGCAUGUUCUGAAAAGGCAUAAAGAUUUAGAACUGGUUUGUAAAAUAGUUUGUAACUUUCGGAAUAUCUUGGCAACACUCAUAUAAUAAACUUUGCGACGAUUUGCUGAUUUAUUUUUGCAUACAUUAAGGGCGGCGGGGCAAUGGAUUAUUGGUUUCGUUUAACAUUUGUUGCAUCUCUUUAUAUUCAUGCUGAAGCCUGGAUGUUCAAUGGCAGACCUAAUGGUGGGAAAGUAGGAUCACCUGAAGUGUUGAAAGGAACACCGUUACCAGAUGAACAAUUCUAUGAGUUUCAAAAGGUUAACCAUUUUGACGGAAGUGAUUUCAGAACAUGGAAACAAAGAUAUUUUGUUAACAAUGCCACGUUCAGAGCCGGAGGUCCAGUUUUCCUCAUGCUGGGUGGAGAAGAAGAAGUAAACACCGCGUGGUUAGUUGAUGGCGCUUGGCAGCAGUACGCAAGUGAUCAUGGAGCUUUCCUGGUUCUUUUAGAACACCGAUAUUACGGGAAAAGUCAGCCUGUCUCGGAUAUUAGCACUCCGAAUCUCCAGUACCUGAAUUCAAAACAAGCGUUAGCUGACAUCGCACAAUUCAUAAACUUUUUAAAAAGUUUAUAUAUUUAUCGAAACUUGAAAAACAGUAGUGUAAUAUUGUUUGGCGGAUCAUACGCGGGUUCCUUGGCAGCAUGGGCUAGAUUACGUUAUCCGUACUUGGUACAGGGUGCGGUAGCGUCCAGUGCUCCUAUAGUUGCAUUGAUGGAUUUUCAUGAUUACUUUGCAAAUGUUGCAGAAACGUUGGAUAUUACCGGCAGCAAGUGUAGAAUGGAGGUACAAAAUGCAACACUGCAGUUGUAUGCCUGGUGGGGAGAACCUGAAAAAUACAGUCUUAUACAAAACACGUUCAGAUUAUGUGAUAAGAUCAACCAUGACUUUGUUCUAGACUUGUCUGUAUUUUUCUACAAUCUCGCUGAAAAUUUUGCCGGAGUUGUUCAGUAUAACAACGUCAACAGGAGUUUUCUGGGUAAGAAAGGAAAAAAUCCGACAAUACAGACAGUUUGUGACAUCAUGACGGACGAUAGCCGAGGUAACAGCGUACAACGUUACGCUGACGUCAAUUCACUCAUUCUAGACACGUACGGGGAGCAGUGCUUGAGCCUAAGAUAUAACAAACUGGCUCAUUCCCUCAAUCAAACAGACUGGAACAGUGUUUCUGCUAAAGGAAAUAGACAAUGGCUGUAUCAAUCAUGCUCAGAGCUUGGUUGGAUGCAGAGCUCGUACACAUAUAGGCAGACUUUCGGGCCGUGGUAUCUUUUCCCAUUUAACUUUACAACAGAUCUAUGUGACUCCGUGUUAAAUCCGCCAUCACAUUGGGAAUGGUCGGAGAUAAUGAACAACUGCGAUGAGACAAACAGGUUUUACGGUGGACUUAAUUUGCCAGUAUCUAAUAUGAUCUUUGUGAACGGAAUGCUUGAUCCCUGGAGAAGCGUGGGUAUUUUGUCAAAACCCCCUGGAACAUUGGAUGACGUGGCAGUCUUUCUAAUUAACGGAACAUCACAUUGUGCUGACAUGUACCCAUCAUCUUUGAAUGAUCCACCACAAUUAACUGAAGCAAGAUCUCAAAUAUCGAAAAUCAUUGGAACAUGGCUUGGUUCAUGAAAUAUGCUACAGGGCUACAGGCAAAACUUAGAACCAAAAUAAUGUAUUUACAUGUACAAAUAACUCCCGCAAAGAUUUUAUAUUCACAUCAUGUAAAUAAAAUACAUAUUUAACAACACACUUUGCAGUAGGUAGUGCGUAUUUCAUGGCGUUUACUACAGAAAUCGGCACAGUGGUUGUUUUUUGGUUUUUUUGCUCACAGUAAAAGAAAGCUUCGUCCGCGGUUAAGUUGCAUUUUUGCGUAAUACUACAAAGAUUUCUACGGGAGAGUGCUGAUUAUUAUCUGUAUCUUCUCACCUACUCCCUAUAUUGUAUUGCUUAAAUUUAAAAUGUAUAUACACUUUAAUAAACUAACUCGUAGAAUUUGUAAACCAGUAUGUAUAAUAUGCACAACAUGAUAAAAGAUCAUAAAAUAGUAUGACAAUAAUACUAAAACUGUGGUGGUUUGUUACCUUACAACCUAGUCUAUAUUUUACAAUAAUUAUUAGUUUGCCUGCCUGAAACCAGUCACUGGAAUCAUAAAAAUGUUUAAUGAAUAAAAAGGAGUGUAUUAAUAAAAAUGUAAAAGAAGAACCCCUGCAUGUAUGACUUUCCACACCUAUAUUCUGUAGCAGUCCCUCCUAAUGCUGUAAACACCAGUAUGAUAAAUGCUUUAUUAGAUAUACCAUCAAAAUCAUUAAGCAGCAGUGCUGAGGUAUAUUUGUUUUGUAUCCUCGUGUACCAAUUACUGUUGUGAGUUGCUUGUGCCUUUGUUCAAUAAAUCGUUCUGCC